GCAAUCUUUCCCAGAGAUAACCAUGUUUCUAGCUAGGAGCUGCCUAUAAAUACUGGGCUUACACUGCUCUUGCCAACACUCUGUGACUCUUUCCCUUUGAAGAGCAAAAAGAUGGCCACCAGAACAUCUCAGAUGGAACGCAACAUAGGCACCAUCAUCGACACCUUCCAUCAAUACUCUAGGAGGGAAGGACACCAUGAUACCCUGAGCAAGAAGGAAUUCAGAGACCUGGUGAAAAUGGAGUUGGCAACCUUUAUGAAGAAGGAGAACAGAAGUGAAGCGAUCAUAAAUGACAUCAUGGAGGACCUGGACACAAACCAGGACAAUCAGCUGACCUUUGAGGAGUCUAUGAUGCUGAUGGCAAAGUUGGUCUUUGCCUGUCAUGAGAAGCUGCAUGCGAACAACCCACGUGGGCAUGGCCACAGCCAUGGCAAAGGCUGUGGGAAGUAAUUAGGAGGUCAGCCAUAUGACAUCUGCCCAAUCAAGUCUAAAGGGAAUAGCUUACUAAAUGGCCCUUGGUUCUGGGGCUGGGAAAUGAUAAAUAAAUAAAUACAGUCUUUAUCCA